AAUCCCUUGUCGUGCUGUGGGUCUCAUUGUUCUCUUUGGGGUUCUCAUCAUCUUGGUAUCAGAGCAUCAGAUUUCUAAAUCAGAUUUGUUAGAGUUAGAUUGCUGCAAAAUAACUUGAAUUGAGCUUGUUUAGUUCAAUAACGAACUGAAAGAGGAAAGUUGAGUGAGGGAAAAAGGCAAGAGGUGUGAGCAAUACUUGAGAGAAAAGCCAAGUUCUAUAGUGUGCAAAACACGAGCGUUGAGUGCCAUUCUGUGAGAGAGUGGAGUGAAACAUGUAAUGGAGUGUUGAGAGGUCCUUUUAUUUUCUAUUUCUAACAUUCCUUGCAAGUUUCAAUCAUGUCAAGCGGUGAUGACAGAAAACACCAAGUGGAUGAUUCCUUCAGGCUCAAAGCUAUGCAACAACAAUUUCAGAGGCUAGACAUCGUGUUUGGUGAAAUUAAAGACAAAAUGGAGAAGAAAGAUGCAGCCAUUGCCAAGUUAUACCAAAUACAGAAUGGAAGUCCAAAUUUGCAUAAUCACGAUCUUGAUGACAAUGAUGAAGACGCAUUCAACGAUGAUGCCCAAAACUCAAAUUUCAGCAUGGACAGAUUUAUGAGAAGUAGAGAGAGUCAAAGAUAUAGAUUUAAUAAAGGAGACCAAAAUCUAGCAAGGUGGGGAGAUCGGCAAGAUCAUGACUUAGGCAGCAUCAAGAUGAAGAUUCCUUCAUUCCAAGGAAAAAAUGAUCCAGAUGUGUAUUUGGAGUGGGAAAAGAAGGUGGAAUAUGCCGUUGAUGGAGAACUGCUUGUCACUAGGCGAGCUUUGAAUGUGCAAGCCAAAGAAGAUGAUGAAGUACAACGUGACAAUAUAUUUUACACGAGGUUCCAUGUCAAAAACAAGGUAUGUAGUGUGAUUAUUGAUGGUGGUAGUUGUACUAAUGCAGCUAGCACUGUUUUGGUUGAAAAGCUUAAUUUACCUAUGAUGAAGCAUCCAAGGCCAUAUAAAUUGCAAUGGUUAAAUGAUUGUGGAGAAAUCAAGAUUGUUUUUUUAGGGUAUGUUGUUUCAGCUGAUGGAAUCGCAGUAGAUGAAGAAAAGCUUAAGACUAUUAAGGAAUGACCAACACCUAAAAAUAUUUCUAAGGUGCGGAGUUUUCAUGGUUUGGCGAGUUUCUACCGGAGAUUCAUCAAGGAUUUCAGCACAAUUGCAGCACCGUUGACUGAAAUUGUGAAAAAAAGUGUUGGAUUGAAGUGGAAAAGUGAACAGGAGAAUGCUUUCAAUUUAAUUAAAGAAAAUUUAAUUUCUGCA